AUGGAGAUUAGCAACACCGGCAGCGGCGGCGGCAACACGCCCACGGGCAGUCCUAGUAUUAAGGCGAAGCUGAGCACCAAACUGUCCACCUCCGUACUACCUCUCCACACUUCCACCACUCAGCAACCUUCCCUCCUUCAGAAGCCAUCAAUCCUCGGACAAGCAUCACAGCAGCCGCAGAAGCCUCAGCAAUCACCGCAGCAGCAGCAAAAGUCGGUCAUCUUCCUGAACGAGCUCUCGGUGCUGUCGAACUGGAAACGCGAGCAGACGCUGGGCUCCGGGUCCUUCGCCAUCAUCACCCUCUGGCUGAACACGGCCAGCAGCGAGCGCAUCGCCCUCAAGCAGUUUCGCAAUCAGGCGAGCUUCGUCAAUGAGCAGAGCGCCUAUUACAAUGACCAGUGGAAACAGGAAAUCGAGAUGAUGAAGCGCCUGAAGUGCGACAGCGUGGUCAAGGCCCUCGACCUCCCAGAGGCUUUCGCCUCGCUCAAGGUCGACACGCCCAUCCUGGCGAUGGAGUUCUGCAGCGGCGGCGACCUGCGCAAGGUGCUCAACAAGCCGUACAACUGCUGCGGCCUCGAGGAGAAGGAGGUGCGGCAGAUACUGAAGCAGAUUGGCGGCGCCAUGGAGUACCUACACAGUCUGAAGAUCAUCCACCGCGACCUGAAGCCGGAGAACAUUGUUCUGCAGCCGCUGGCCAAGGGCAAGACGCUCUACAAGCUGACUGACCUGGGCUACGCCAAGCAACUCUCUGACUGCUCACUGCUCGCCAACUCCUUCGUCGGCACGCUCGAGUACCUCGCUCCGGAGCUGUUUCUGCGCGUCAAGUACUCCUCCGCGGUGGACAACUGGAGUUUUGGCCUGCUCGCCUACGAGGUGACCACCGGGCGGCGGCCCUUCCUGCCCAACCACUCCAUGGGCGAGAUACUGGAGGUGCUGAAGAAGCGCAAGUCGAGUCAGCACAUCUGCACGGAGAUCGACGAACAGGGCAACUUCUACUUCAGCAGCGAGAUCUCGCAGUUCAAUCACAUCUGCAGUCGACUGAAGGUCGACCUGGAGGCCUGGCUGAGGAUUGUCCUCGAGUACGACCACAACAAACGCGGCGGCCAGCAGGCUUUCAAGAGCAUCAGCGACCUGAUGCACAAGUACGUCGUGCAGAUCUUCAGCCUGGACACCUACGAGACCUUCUCCUAUGAGAUCGAGGAGGGCACGACGCUGGACAGUCUCAAACGACAGCUCUCGGUGAACACGGCCACGCCGCCCACCUCUCACUAUCUGGUGCUGCCAAACGGCGAGGCCGCCCAGGAGGCAAUCGGCGCGCAGAUCAUCCGCACCUGGUACCGACCUGCCAGCUGGUUCGAGCAGUACAACCCCGUCGUCCUGUACGUCUUUGACGUCAGCAAGCCGGGCGGCCUGGAGUACCUGGAGUUCUACAAGUCGCUGACGCUGCCCUCCACCGUCGAGCGGAUGCUGCUCGAGCCGAGCCGGGCAAUGGACUACGACGAGAUCAAGCUCACCUGGCGGCACUGCGUCUGGGUGGCCCGCCAGUCGGUGAAGAAGUACCACAUUCUGCACUCGGCGCUGAAGAGUGCCCUCCUCACCUGCAUCAACGUCUACAAUCGCCUGCAGACGAGGCAUCACCAGCUGGCCGCAUCGCUGACCGCACUCUUCACCUCGGCCCAAGUGCUCAUCGGCUAUCUGCGCUUCAGCGUCGGCCAGGUCAGGUCGAUGUUGAUGAGUGAGAGCAGUGCAGCCGCUUCCACAAAGCCACUGCUCGAGCAACCAGUCACUCUCGGAAAGUCAUCCUCAUAUUCAAAGUUAUCAUCCUCCUCGUCAUCAUCUCCGACGAAUAACCACCACCACCACCACCACCUGAAUAAUCAUCAUCACAGCCAAAACAGUGAGAGCACCCUGAAAGCGACCGUAGACCUCUGUCUGAAGGUGGCCACCAUUCUCAAGUCCAUUCACAUGUUUCGCCGCGAGAAGGUGCGCUCGCUCUUUGAGCGGACCGCCUCUGCGGUGCCCUCCUUCAGCAAGGAAGGCACUGGCUCCAGUACAAAUAAAACCUCCACCACUGCCACCACCACCUCAUCGGCAAACCCACCGGGCAAUUUUCUCUUUGAGAACUUCCUCAAGUCCGCCGAUUCGGGCGUCGACUCGACGCUGAUGCGCCGCUACAAUGACAUCCUAGCCGCGUACGAUUCGCUGCGCAAGAAGAAGAAAGAGGAACGCCGUCAGGCGACGCCCAACAACCAAAUGGUCGCUCUGCUUUGUGACCUCUUCCAGCAGGUGGAGACGCUGAUGAAGGGCAUGUUCACCAUUCUCCGCUCCUUCACCACCUUCAUCAAGGAGGUGGAGGCGUUGACGCGGGAGGGUGAGCAGCUGCAGGCGUAUAUUGACAAAUGGACACUCACCACGGGAGAGCUGCACGCCGAGUCGUGGGCUCAGCUGGCCAGGUGCUAUCGCAACAACAGUGGCACAUCUUCUCAAGGGGCAGCAAAUUCAGCAGCCAGUGGUGGUGGCAGCGGCGGCGGUGGGGGAAGCCUCUCCAAGGCCACCUCCUCGAUUCACAGUAAACUGCUCUCGCUGACCAUGUCCUCCUCGGCAAACUCUUCAGCGAAUGCUUCAUCAUCCUCACCAUCCUCAUCCUCCGCCACUUCCUCCAACUCAAACUUGCCCGACCUGCUCAGGCGGCAACUGGAGACCAUGGAUGGCCUGCUCAAAGAGCUGGAGAAAG